CAAGGGCAGGCUGGCCACUUCCCUCUAUCCAUUGUGCCUCUUAAUGAGACUGACCUGGUCCCGCUCAUGGCACCUGCCAGCUCCGAGGGCCGGCACAAAGCCCCUGAUUGUCACCCACCCGCCGGCUGGCUCCGGCGCACAAGGUUUCCCGGGCGCGCCCGGAGCCGGGGAUCAUGCCCAGUGUGUGUGCUGGCCCAAGGCAGAGCGGCUGGAGCAAGGUCCUCGUCUGAAGGGAAGGAUGGAGGGUGGGAACGACGCUGGUGCUGCCCCCCCUGCAGUGAGUAUCCCUGGUUCCCCCCCUGCUGUCACAGAGUCCCCGCUCUCCUCUUGCUCAGUUCCUCUUCUGAAGGGGCCGAGCUGUUGCCACUCCUGUGGAUCCCGGGCAGGAGGGCUGCAGGACACCUUCCAUCUCCUUCCAGGACAUUCUGGAUCGUUUUGUCCGUUGCUGUGUUUUUCACAGUUGUUGGUAUCGGCGUCAUGGGGGUUCUCAGCUUCUCCCCCAGCUCUGCCCAGGCUGGCUCACAGCUCGUCCGGCUAACACUCCAGGGCCAGCAAGACCCGCUGAGGAAUCAGACGGCCUUGGUGGACAAGUCCAGGAGCACCGUGACCUACUUUGUAACCUCGCAGAGCAAUCACACUGCUGUGGUGCUGUAUGACAGCAGGAAUGGCUACGUGUGCUACAAGCCCAUGGAGCAGCGCGCGUGCUACCUGCGGAGGAUGGACCACUGGGACCUACAGACCCUGCAGACAUCCCUCAACACGUCUGAGCAGAGGGCCGAAGAGCUGCUACGUCAGAAUAACCAGACCAAGUACUAUCGGGAGUUCAUGGGCAUUUUGGCAGGGGAACAGGUGGACCCCAAAAGCCUGGGGGAGGCUGUCCAGGCCCUGUGCGAGCAGACAUCCAUCUUCUGGGUCAGGAGAGGGGAGGGUCCAGGGAAGCAGCGGCUGAUCUACCUUUGCAUUGACAUCUGCUUCCCAAGCAACAUUUGCGUGUCUAUCUGCUUCUAUUACCUCCCUGAGUAAGUCCUGCAGCCACAGAUGCCCUCUUGCUGCUCUACAUACUUGAAC